AUGGAUAGCCUCGACUUUGAUCUACAUGAGUUGAUCCUAGACCAACUGGCAAGUAUAUUAAGUAUUGAUGUAGAUACAACAAAUGAGGAUGCAUUACGUUUAGCAAAUCGAUGUCCCGAAUUACCAACAGACAAGGAUCCUGGCAUUGGCAAACCGCAACAGUCUAUCGGCUUUAUAACGAAGUCAUACCGACAAAAUAUAUCAGCAUUAGCUUCAUUUGCUCACCAGUCCCAAGCACUCGUUCAUAAUGAUUGCCUUCAGGAGAUUGGCAAAAUUAUUGAUAUGAUAAUCCAUUCUUCAGAUCCUGCACAUGUUUAUAUAAAAAAAUUCUUAGCAAGAUAUCAAUCUCAAGGAUAUCCACUAUCUACUAAUGGAAUCAUAUUGGGUCUUACCAUU